AUGAGUCGCCUGUACAGCUACAUUUUCGGCAACCGCCACCAGCAGGAGAUGGAGUCGAGGCUCCAACUCUUGGAAAAGAAGCUGGAGGAGGCCGAGAUCAUGGGCAGAUAUCGGGACGCCAAGCUCAUCGCCCUCCUGGAUCGGACCGAGAGUCUGGAGACGGAGUUCAGAAGACUCAAGACGGCUUCUCUGCAGCAAACAACAGCUCUGGAGGAGCAGCUUGUUCAUGCUCGCCAGGCACGCUCAAACUCGAUCCUCCAUCCACUUCAGCCAAUCACAGACGCCGCGGAGGUGAAGCCGGCAAUAGCUUCAGCCGAUGUAUUUCUCUUCGACUAUCAAACGGCGCAGCCUGUCACUGUUCUCAAGUUCGUCGACUGCAUUCCUCCAGCUACGCUCGAACACAGCUCCGAGGCCUCGGCUACACAUCUCGACGAGCCUUUCUUGAAGAACAAGCUGAAAGGCAUUCUCGAGGCCUGUGGUUGGUCAGCUCCACCUGAUGCCUGGCUGUAUCGCUGCGACACCAUGAGCCGCAUUCACGAUUCGGAAGAGCUUGGCGUGAGCGCAAAAGACAUGUAUCAAAGCAACGGAAAGGGCCAGAUUGCUUAUUGCUUGUGCGACAGCGUCGGUCCGCAAGGUCCUAACACUGCUCUCCUCGGCAGUCUGGAAGUCCAGGACCCAGAGAAGCCUGGAUAA